UGUACAGAUACAGAAGUGUGUGAGCUGUCUAUAGGCUGCUCGUGUCCAGUCGAUCCAUUACUGGUUGCAUGCUUCUUCUCCAUUUCCACAGCAGGCACCAAAGAAGAGCUCUGCACCUGCUCUCCAGACACCUUUCAGCAUGGAUGCGUUAAAAUCAGCCGGCAGAGCAAUAAUCAAAAGUCCUGGAGUUCCGCGGCACACAUGGGGAACCAAGCAUGAAAAGCUCCCAGAGAACUGGACGGACACCAAAGAGACACUCCUGGAAGGUAUGGUGUUCAACGUGAAAUACCUGGGCAUGACUCUGGUUGGUCAACCUAAAGGAGAAGACAUGGCAGCGGCUGCCAUCAUGAGGAUCGUUACCACGGCUCGUGCCAGUGCAAAGAAGUUUAGAAAAGUGACCCUCAAUGUCUCCACUAAAGGAAUCAUCAUCUCAGACACAGAGACCAAUGACCUCAUUGAGGACGUUUCCAUUUACAGAAUUUCUUACUGCACAACAGAUAAAACUCAGGAUAAGGUCUUUGCCUAUGUCUCCCAAAGCCAAUUCAAUGAAACUCUGGAGUGCCAUGCCUUCCUAUGCCAAAAAAAGAAAAUAGCUCAGGCAGUGACUUUGACAGUAGCACAAGCUUUUAAAAUAGCUCUGGAUCUGUGGGAGAUCGCACAGAAAGACAAAAGUAAGAAAGGUCAAACAAGCUAUUCCUGUACAGACCCAGAGUCUCAGCCUGAAUCAGAACCAAACAGUGUUUCAGAGGAGGAAAAGACUCAGGCUUUGAUGGAGCACAAACUUAGGAAGCCCUUCUUGCCUGCCUUCCUUUCAGCAUCUCCAUGCAGUAACACUAGGAGACGGCCAAUGAAGCAUGACUCCUGGGAUGUGGAAGAUAGCCUCGAUGAUGCAUUUUCAAGACUGGCGACAUCCCGCACCAGAACCGUGUCAGAGGAUCCAGCUGUGAGUCCAACAGAAGAAGAUCUUCUGUCUUUCAGCAGUGAGGACUCAGACUGAACAAACAUCAAUCUCGCCAGCCUAUCAUAAAUUGUCCUCAGAACACAAUACAUCCCGGCACUUUACACAAAGUGCAACUUACGCCUCAGUGAUCGACUCACUUCUGAACUUCAGAAAAGACCACUGCCACAGUAUCUACACUUAGAACCAUUUAUAAUACCUAACAACAUUACAAAGUCAGCUGCAUAAAUGUGCAUGAUUCAACUAUAUGAUUAUUUAAUGGAAUAGUUCACCCAAAAAUGAAAAUUCUAACAUAAUUUACUCACCCACUUGUUGUUCCAAACCUGUAUGAUUUUCUGUCUUCAGUGGAACACAAAAAGAGUUAUUUAGCAGAGUGUCCUGGCUACACUUCCACGCAAUGAAAGUAAAUGGGGAUUGUGACUGUUAAGGCCCAAAAAGGACAAAAAAGCACCAUAAAAGUAGCCCACACAACUCUUAUGCUAUAUUACAAGUACAAUGAAGUCAUAUGAUAGCUUUUUGCAAGGAACAGACCAAAAUAAAUACAUAUUCACUGAAAACCUUGCUGUGGUCACCAUUCACUUCGAUUGUAUGGAAAUUAACAGCUUGAACUCUUUGAAAUUACUUCUUUCUACUUAUUUUCAACAGAAGAUUGAAAGCCAUACAGGUUUGAAACAACAUGAGGGUGUGUAAGUGAUGACAGAAUUUUCAUUUUUGGGUGAACUGAAGUCUUGAAUGCCAGCAUACUCAUGUGAAAACACUAAGUUCAGGGUAAGGGUUUUUGACAGCAUACAACAUGUAUGAAAUUGCAUGUUGUUACAUUGUACUCAAGCAUCUGUGUAAGUAGAUUUGCUACAUAUAUAAUGUAAAGAGUGUGAAAACUUUUGAAUGCAUUGGUGCUAUCUUGUAGAUGCUAUGGUCAUGUUAUGCAAAUACACAAUAAAUGAUAAAGGGGGACCAAAUGCAUAUUCCAGAUAGAAUAGCUGUCUGACCUUCAACCCAGCAUUCAAAAAUACCUAGUACUUAUAAGCAAUGCUCUGUAUGAUGCACUCUCCUGUGUAUCUCAGAACUCCAGACUAUAUGAUACUGAACUCCCCCAGCAACAAGACCCUCAUCUGAAAGUCAGAUCGCAAGGGUCAUCCCAGUCGAGUACUUUGUAUUGAGCAAAGCUUUCAGAUGAGGACUCAGUGUGAUAAAAAAGAGGAUCUGUAUUGUUCUACAAUACUUGCAUUGUAUAGAUUCAACCCACAAGCUCUGCAUUUUGCUUAACACUGUAGAUUUGCAAGGGAACUUAAUAUCCAGUUAUAUACUCUUGGUGAAAGUUUACAAAUAUUAAGUGUGUAGAAUUGUUCAGGAUUAAUUGAUAUUUACAUGCAAUGUUUGUAUUUUCAAGCACUGUAAUUGAAUUAAUAUACUGUACAUAUUGUGGGUCAGGGGACUGUGGUGGACUCUGCAUACCCUACCAAGGAGGAAGCAGGAUCCGGAGUGAACAAUCAACAGAACUUUAAUUUCAGACUCAAACAGUACAACGAAACAUAUAUGCACACACACAGACACGUGCGUCUCUCUCUCUCUCCCACCCAGCUGGCAUCUCCAGCUCGUCCUUAUACCCAUCCAGGCUGAUUAGGACGAUUCAGUGCCGGGCGUGCGUCCUCACGGCCUGGCCACACCCUCCUCCUCAUCACACUCCUCCACCACCCGAUUCAGGCCAGGGAAUCCUCCGGCUUGACGUACUCCCCUCCCCUUCCUUUGGAGGGGAGGUGUUGCCCUUCUGGCUGUCCUUCUGCCAGCAGGUCUUCCCCACCUCUUUGGAUCCUGGGAGAGACAGAGAGAGGAGAGAGAGAGAAACACUCCGUUCCCCAACCACGCCGCCAUUCGGUCCUCGGCCAGUGGUCCUCCAUGAUGCCGGGCGAUGGCACUGGACCUCGCCUCCUGGUGGACAGUAGCGAGCUCCUCCGCCUCCCGGCAGACGUCAGCAGCUCCUCCACCUUCGGGUGAACUGCUCCAGUACCACCGUAUCAUACCUCCUCGGCGUCGAAACCCUCUCCCAGAGGUGAGGGCUUUCUGACAGUGCGUCUUCCUCUUAUCCUGGAUUUUGGCACCACUGAACAAUCAGCAGAACUUUAAGUUCAAACUCAAAUUUAAACAGUACAACGAAACAUAGACGCACACAAAAAGACACGUGUGUGUGUGUCUCUCUCUCUCUCUCUCUCUCUCUCUCUCUCUCUCCCCCCGCCCCCUCUCCCCAACUGGCAUCUCUGGCUUGUCCUUAUCCCCCUCCCGGCUGAUUAGGACGCACUCCUCCUCAUCACAUUUGCUUAAACAAUCAUUACAGGAGUUAUUCUCUGUGAACUAUGGAACUUUGAAAUGUGUUUACUGAAGCUUCAAACACUUCUGAAUUUCUCUUUCUUUUAAGGACUUUUUUUUUAUAUACAUUUUUUUUUUUUUUUUUUUGGGAAAAGCAAUCUAAAAAUGGCCUUGUCAAAAAGUUUUUUCUUUUUUUUUUUCAAACAGGCUAGAUUAUGUAUUCACAAUAUAGUGUUUAAUUUGCAGUCGUUGUCAUUACAAGAAACUAGUGAACCUUUUUUGUACUUAAUUUCAUUCUUAUAAAUAUAUGCAACUUUAUAUGAGUGUGUUUUGGAAGUUGUGACAUGAUCAGGUCAGAUCAUUUGACGUUUCACACCUCGGCUUGGCUUGGUCAAACAUGGGAAAGAGUGAUUUGAACAGGAUGUAGUGGCUGGGAAUGCAGCAGUACAAUGCCAGUGAUGAUCAAUGAUAUCUGUUUAUCAUGGCAAGCAGGAAUAAUUUUACAUUAAAUGAAAUUUCACUGUGGACUAUGAAACAUGAAGAAUCCCCUAACUAUGCAUAUGGUGUGAUAAGAAAGAGAAAAGGUCACAGGCAAACACAUUAAUACACUAUAUAGGGGUAAUUUUGCUUAUGUAAUAAGAUCUUGUUUAAUUAAAUGUAUUUCUGUUGGUUUUGUCUGCCAUACUACUGUAUUUUUGUUUUGUUAGUGCCGAGCAAUUGAAUAUUAUUCAUUGGCUUUCAGAAAUUAAACAUGACUUCUUUUUCCUACUCAGUUUCCAUGUUGUUAUUAAGUGUGAAAUAAUUUUAUACUGUAGCUCAAAGUUAUAUUAAAACGCAACACUCUUCAUAAUUCUCUGAAAUCCUUGAAAGUUCAAGAAGCUCUUUGAGUUCCAGUGGCUCUGUCAGCGUUUUUCUUUAUGCAUUUGUGAAAAGAGGUUCAUCCAUGCAGUAUUUCUCUCAAAAUUACAGAGCUAUUUGACCAUUUUAUUUACUCCUGAAAUUGGAAUAAGCUAAAAUCAAUAAGAGAAUAUACUGUAUGAUAGCAUUUUUU